AUGAGUGUGUUUGCAUGGACGAAAUGGCUCUUUCUCCUCAUUGGCAAGUUCAUCUUCUACACCCUCCUGGUCUCUCUUCCAAUCACUAUCUUCGCCAUUUCCGGAGCCAUCUCGGAUGCCGUAACAUUCCAUUUCUGGGCUCACAGCAAUGUCGUCCGGCACAGCAAUGCCCUCAAAAGUGAGGCUGAAAUGAAUAGUUUUACCGGCUACUUCGACAUGCCUAGCUCAGGCCUGUCUAUGCGACAGUUUCAAGACCAGAAAGGACCUUUCCAUAUUCCUAGUAUACGAAGUUUCGAUUGGACGGAGAGUCUAGGAUUACAGCAACCAAGGGAGUUGAGGAUGGACCUGAAUCCGGAUCUGGGGAUCGAUAGGACUGCGAGUUUCGAUGGGUUGGUGAGAGAUUUUCGUGGAAGGGGUCGGGCGGAUGCACUCAAGGCGAAGAGUUUCUGGGUCUAUGUGGCGAGUCUUCCGGAGUGGUCUCCCACAAUGUGGGAUGAGGCAUUUGAUCAAAUUCUGCAGGAGAGCCGCUUCUUGUGUGGAGUCUGGAGCGUGAAAACCCCUUCUCUGCUGCAUUUCUCAGUUGGAAAAGUCAGCGUCACACAGUGGAAGGCGAUGGUUCACGUGGCACACGAGCGGGAUGACGAGCUUGACGACGACACUCAAUGGUUCGAGGAUGGCUAUAUGCAAGGUUAUACCUAUGACUCACCCGACUCCUACCUGUACCCGGUCAAGGUCAAGGUGAUUGAAUUGCCGCUGGAGGAUGAAUAUGCUGCUUCUCUGCUUCCGCGAGGAACCUUUCCAACGCCACUACUCCAGCUACGGGCGAUUCUCCAAGAUCCACGCCCCUCCGAACUACUUUCUCACUGGGAACCACACAAUGUGGUGCGCCAGCUAAUGACCCGUUUCAACGACCACAUCAACGAUCUCUACGAAAAGCGCGGAACCUGGCGGUACUACUUUGGUGAAGCGGAAACAUGGUAUACCGACACGAUCCUCAAGCCUGUCCUUGGCAAAGAUCUGAAUGGAGACGAUGGCUUGCUCACAAUGAUUCGACUUUCGACUUUCUCAAUUGCAGCACUAUUGGCUGAAAUUAUUUGGUUGCCAUGUCAUAUUAUGUGGGAGAUGUAUGCUUGGUAUUUUGGCUUGGGCUGGGAUGGACAGCCAGUUGAUAACACCGUGGAACCACCGGUAUUUGGUGGUAGUGGUGGUGGAAAACCUAAUUUCAUGGAUGAUAUGUUUAUGAAUGCUAUGGCUAUGAUGGGAGAAAAGAUACAAGAGCAGGUCAGUGAGAGUGCAGGUAGAGCUGCGGUUACUGAAAGAGCGCAAACAUUAUAG